AUGUACGCUCGCUUUCAGGACUCUUUCACCUGCUCCGCAAAUAAGAAUGACUCUAAACCUUGGAAGUGUUGUGAGGCCACCAAUUUCAGGCCUGGCACCGUUAGAUACGAUAUCACGGAAUCACUCAAAAACUGUCGAACGCCCACCCCAGCCCUUUGA